AGAAUUCAAAUGCGUGUGUGUUUGUGUCAGUGCGCCCAGCUGCACACGUUUGUAUAUGUGUAUGUUUUAACUAUUGCAUCAUGUUGUUCUCCACUGGCAGGUGACUCUGUGCCCUAUGACAGAGUGUUCUUCUGUGUUACCUCAGUUCCAGGAGUCCCAGCAGGACAUGGACGGGGAGUCAAGGCGUUCAGAACAUCACCAACAGCCCAUGACACCGAGACAGUUCCAAGACUGGCGGAAUAGUCUAGGCAAGAGUUCAGCACCAGACCAGGAUAGACUGAACCUGCAAGGUCUUGACCAGGGUCCAGCACAAGACAAGGAAACACUGCCAGGUCUUGACCAGGGUCCAGCACAAAAUGAGGAAACACUGCCGGGUCCAGACCAGGGUCUAGCACAAGACAAGGAGAGACCGCAAGGUCUAGAACAGGGUUUAGUGCAAGAUGAGGAAACACUGCAUGUUUUUAACCAUGGACCAGCACAAGACCAGGCGAGUCGGAAAUUCUUCCAUCAAGUCCAGGAUCAGGAUCGUUCACUAGGCUCCAAUAAAUGCACAACGGAAGAACAGGAUCCUUCCAUAAAGGUCUCAGUCCAGGAUGAGGAUCCACCAGGGAACCAGGACUAUCAAUGUAAUUUAGACCUGGAGCAAUGCACAGCUCAUAGCGCAGACCAGGGUGAAAACAGGCUGAGUGGUGUGAACCAGGAUCCAGUAUAUCUUGGUCCCGCACAAGACCCCAGCAGCCCUCAUGACAUCCCCAUUCUGGUAUCAGCUGGGAACCAGAACCAAACACAGGACUCAAACCAUGAUCUAGCUGGUGGAAUGGAUCUACCACACUGCACAGAUCCAACCCCAAAACAGGACCAAGAGAAACUGCUUGGAUCAGACCAGGAGCAGGCCCUAGUGGACCCAGAUAGACGACUUAACCCAAACCAGGACCACACCACAGAUGAGGCUUGUGGGGAAGAUGCGGGAGGGGAACAAGGCGGCUGUAUCCCAGCGGUGGUGAUCACUCAGACAGAAGGGAGCCGGGGGCCAGUGGUGAAUCAAGGUGGAGAGACAGCGCCAGAGGUUACUGAGAGCAGAGUGGAGGCUGGACCCCUGUGGCCACAGACACCAGCAGAGAGGCCAGAGAUACCAACAGGACCAGAGAGACCACAAGAACUAGCAAUCGCAGCUAUGAUUCCAGUGACCACUUUAGACCUCAGCCCCAGCCCUCUCAGUGCAGACCUCAGUCCCAGCCUCAUCGAAGGGGGAGACCUACUGGCCUGCUGUGAUCUGCUGUCCCUGAAGAGUGACACUGUGUCCCUGGCCAGGAGCGAGGGAUAUGUCCAGGAAGAAGAUACCAGAAGUGUGGCUGCAUCGUCUGUCAUGUCUGUGUUCCCCAGGAUUCAGUUGGAUCCUCUGGAGAAGGACUGGCUACGAUCCUGUGCCCUGGGGAACACAGCUGCUCUCCGACAGCUCCUCACACAGGACUCCAGCCUGGCCUCAAAGAAGGACUUCAUCACUACGGCGCUUCACUGGGCAGCCAAGCAAGGCAGCGUGGAGGGUGUGGACAUGAUGGCUCGCACCGGCGUGGACGUCAACAUCAAAUCGGUGAGCGGACGCCGCGGUGACAGGUGGUGUCGGGCUGUGAAGGGUCAAUGACUUCAGUUCACACUGACUCUUUACUCGCACCUCAUACAGACCACAGCUACCACAUCUCCUCAUGCAGUUAUCAUUUGCUAUGUCCGUCAAUUGUCCACCACAGAUGCAGACGCACACACACACAUGAACAGGUGUGGCUACUCUUUAAGAUUCCUGCUGAGGUUAUACUUCAGUUUCCCUGUGGUGUUUUAGUCCAAAGUCUUUCAAAGGAACUUCUCCUCAACUCUGGGCUGCUGGUUUGAUAAAGGACCGCACCACUUAAACUAGCUACAGAUUGAACACCAGAUAAUUUGAUAUAACUAGAGAUUUUUGGUUCACUCAGACAACAACAAAUAUGCAAAAGUAGCCCAAUUAGCGGUAGAGAUGGGGGGGCAUCUUCUUGUCGCGCGCGGUGCUCAAGUUUAUAACGGCUGUCAGUCAAAACCAAUACAGCGCUGUGAAACGGAGAACAGGAACUCUGACGUUAAUGUACAGCCUCUGCAUUCCACUUUAGGCACUUAUCAAUAACAAAAUCCGUAUACGGGGUGACAGGGGCUGUGAGUGGAAAGGGUUGCUAACAGAGCAUUUUCUAAAUUCAAAAUGAACCACCUGCAACUGGACACAGACUUUUAUAAUAUACUUCUUUGCCUGAAUCGACAACUAAAAAGGUAUUGCCGAAUACAGGUUAGUUGAAAAAUCUAUGGCAGUGGUUUGUAUUAUACAUUAUCUGGUGUACAAUCUCUAGCUACACUUAAACCCAUUCCACCCCAAGACAGUUGACAUUGUCUAAUGUGCAGCACUGAAUAAAUAUCAGUUAAGCAUUACCUCAUGAGGAUUUUCACUCAAUGUCAUAUCCCUCCCUAUCUGGUUAAGUAGUGUGAAAAUAUUCAUUGUUUGUUUUCUGUCAUUUCGUUAUUUAAAAAAUGCUAAUUUCUCUUUUAUCUGUCACAUCAUACUCUUUUUGUCAUUCAUUUCGGGGCAGAUAUAGACAUUUGAGAGCUUUGUUAUUUUCUCAGCCCGGGGCUAAGUUUGCCUUCACAGUCAAUAAAAAUGAAAACCAUACCACACACAAACACACACAAACCCUGCUGUCUUGUAUGUAGAGAGGCAGCAGAGGCAGGUGGGUGGUGGAUUUAUUCGAAGGGGCAAUGUUGUGAUUACUUAAUGGCUUCUCAGACAGCCAUGGGCCUGUAGAAUUCAAUUUAGCGUCUGCCUCUCUAAGUGUUAAUCUCCUGUCCUCGCAGCCCGCUGCCUGGUUAUGAUGUGAUGUGAUAAUCCAAGAUGGCGUAGCAGUCAGACGUCUUUGUCCUGUCGU